UGAUGAUCUGGUAUCGUGAAACUGUGCUCACAUUUCGAGAACGCAUUCUAGUUUUGGUAAUCUUGGGUACUUCAAUGAUAAGAAGGGGAUGACACGCCCCGCCCAUACCUCGACCACAGUUCCGGCAGAGAACAAGAUGCGAACUUUUCCCGGCUCUGUUUCGCUGCGUGCCUGUCGGGUCGAAGUUUCGAACGAAGCUUCUGUUCCAGGAAGUGACGCACGGUUGGGGACCGCGACAGGUGGACCAGCGCAGCUGCCUUCUACAAUAUCGCUCUCCGUCGAGCGCCCGCAGGUGCAAGUCAUCUCGCAGUCACCCGGAAGAGAGCACGCGUGUUUGCCAGAAUUCAACAGUCUGACCCCCGGCGGCACCCGCACUCCGUCAGCUUCGUCAAGGCCAGCAGCAUCCACCCGCUUUACCGAUCAGGAUGCGUACCGGCGAAAAUGUGCGCAAAGAGUCGCGCAGAAUCGAAAAAGGAUACUGCAGCAGAAGGAGUUGGGUGGAGCUCCUGGAGGUGGUGGCAACACCAAGCGACAUAAUAACCCAACAUUCCCGGUACUAUCGAAUCUGCGUCCUGGCGGUUCUUCUACUCCCGCAGAUGCAGUGCGAGCGAACUUUCACCCGGCAGAACGAUUUACAACUAGCAUGGCGGGCGCAACACCAACAGUGGAUUGUUCGCACGGCGAGAAAUCCAUUCCGGUCUUCAACCACGUCGAGCACCCGCGGGGGAUGGAAAGGUCUUUGCUUCCCGUUCGCGUCAGCAUCAGCACACCAAAAGAACACGACCAAGGCAGGCCGUCCGGACGAGUCCGGGUGAGCGACUCAGUCGGAGGUGGCGCCAGACUGCGAAGUAAAUCCGUCGACCUGUCAUCCGCUGGCCCAGCCAGAACAAGAAUGAUUUCGAUGUUGACACCAAAACUUUCGCUCUCAACGUCUUCUGGGCGAAGUGCAAGGCCGGGCGAUGCGCAUGCGUACUCGGGCACUGCCGCUAGUUGUACUAGAUCAACAUCGUUAACACCGGCAGGUGGGAAUAUGAAAGGCACCAAAGGUAGUUUAUUUUUCAGGAGACUUGCAGGCACAGCAACGUGCCCGCCCCCGGGAAUGGGGAAAGCGCCCCUGUUAAACGGCAGUGGUCAGACGUCCUCGAGAUCACAAUCCUCCACGCCGCAACAAGGACGCCAACAAAAGAAUAUUUUCGUCUCGCCCAAUAGAGCUCCUGCAAGAACAUCAUGCGGAAUUGGAUUUACAGAGGAGGAGCAAAAGUCGAAUGAGAGCACGGUAGUUGUUUUCAACCUCGCACCAUCGUCGUUGCCCCGGUCCAAAGACACAGUCACCACGUCCGCCUCAUCUGUCCACGACGGAACAUUUCCACAGAGUUCGCCCGAAGGCGGCUCGCCUGUGAUGCAACAGAGAGCUGCUGUUGCGUCUCCUUCAGUUUCCCCGCCGUUCUCAAGUAGCGAACAGAGGGCGAGCAGCAGUCCAAAGGUAGCGGCGCUUGCGCCACCGGGGGGUGCCACGAGAACUUCAUCAUGUUCGUCUGCGUCCGCGUCGCCCAAGAUUCCAGCAGCUGCCAGUAGUGCUCUGGAAGGACGAGCUCACCCGCAGCAACUUUUCCGUGGCUCGAUUUCCACCUGUUCCGAGAUGUCGGUGCGAAUGUCGUUUUCGGAUUACGUGAAAAAAUUUGGAAGCCCGACGACUUCGUACAACGGAAAAGUCAAUGAUUCUACCGCCUCUCCGAUAACUACUGCAGCUGGAAGUGGAAAUAAAGGAAGUACAAAUAACGAGGCUUAUCUACGAACCGCAGGCUCCUCUUCGUCCUCGCGCUCCUCGCCUGGAACUGCUGCGAUAGCAAGCGUUGGCAUUCCGCUCUUCACGAACAGCCAGAUCGAGCAGGCUGCAAGGAAGCAGGCUGCGGCAGAGUCGCAGGAGCGACCACGACCGGACCAGCGACCGUUGCGUAGUGCGUUGAAGAAAACGCCUGGGGUAGCUGCAAAAGCUGCGAGGUUAACUACUGCAGGUGCUGAUGAAACUCCGGCGGGCAAGAUGACAGGCGGGGGCAAAAACAGUAGAAGCGGUACUAUUCUCACGCCGGGGGGUGGAAAAGGGAGUACUAGGGUCGUCACUGGUGUAGUAGGACCGAAACCUACAACGACCAAGAAAGGCGGAAUCAGAACUACCGCUGCACGAACAGGAUCGACGACGCCAGCACAAUUAUAUGCAAGAAAAAAACUGUGUGAGUGUAACUCUGUAAUGCAGAACAUGCAACAGAGUUACACGCGUCAUGCCAGACAGCCACGAAGUCCUCUUUUCCUGUGUGUUUUCCCUUACAAUCCACGCAUGACAGGUUUUCUCUGUCAUGUAGAGCAAAUUUGUAAUGCUGUCAGCCAAAGAAAGUUACACUAACACAGUUUUUUUCUUGGAUAAAUUACGCCCCGCAUCUACUGCGACAGGAGGCUGCGUUCGAACUACGGCUGCCACGCAGGCGAAUCUGGUGCAGCGGAACAAUUGUGAGACGAGCAGCAAGGGUGCAAUUUCAUCUUUCAGGCCUCCGGCGCGGGCGAGGGAAGUGACGUUCGCCACUAGAAGUUGCACGACCCCAACGAAGGAAAAAAGGAUCAGGUUUGCAGCCGCGCAGGAAAAUGUGUUCAGCAGCCCGAGUAGCGGAAAAGAAAAAAAAACUAGCGUGGCGGGGGCAAAAAUAAAUGCUGGCACUAAAGUAAUCUCAUCCCCAGUCGCACUUGCACCCGUGAAACCGGAGCACCACGCUAUCGCCGCUUCGCAACUGAAAUCGAUCUUGAGCUACAGCCUUGCCGAAGAAGCUUCGUCCCCGCAGCUGCCCCAGGAAACCAGCACUGCGAAAGGGACAGAAGAGGAACGCGCACAGAGGCUCACUGGAGGAAUGUUACAUGUACCUCUCAGUACAUUUAUUUCCAUUUCGCUAGUCGUGUGGUCAUGGUCUGCGAUGAUCUUGAUCUUCUCAUUAGUCGACCACAAAAACGUUGGAGAGGAGCCAGGACUCAAAUUCAUUUUUCUCGGAGAUGAUCAAUGAGAAUGAUAUGAUUGAAUGAUCUUGAAAAACACAUCAAAACUCACCAGGUCUUCGUGCAGAUGUCUCUCCAGCGGCAACUGAAGCCGACCAGUUUAUGCCCGUGUGUUCCGUUACCUUCUGGAAACGACUACACGGCUUGGAUUCACAACAUGGCGGACACCGCGAACAAACACGCCCGGAAUUGCCCGUUUUACCGCAAUCCAGCCCGUUUGCAGGGAAUCGUGCGGGACCUGAUUCAAGAUUUGCGGUCGCAGUAAGGUGACUAAGGCGAGCGGACGUUGGGGAUUUCGAAAGGGAAGGGCGCCUGGCAUUGAGUUGGAUGCAGAGUUUGUCACAUCUUCUAUGCUCUUUCACAUGGUGAUCGUCAAGCGCUAGUAUAUGCUUUUGGAGCGCAGAUAGGCGAAGAAAUGGGUAACGCAGGCAGUCCCAAACUAGAUUUCUUUUCUUGAACCUUAAAGGAUUUUGGUUGUAUGUGUACAUUCGAUUUUUGAGUUCUUUGAUUACAAUAUCGGCGGGGUCAAGCACUCGUGUGAUGAGGAUCAUUCAGGUGCUUAGUUGAUUACUUUUUCUUUCGACUUCCACGUGUUAUUCAUUGUGCACACACUGUACCAAAUUUCGUUGAAGACAGAGGCUGCCGCGCAACUGGAACUGAGUGCCCAAAGUUGGCCCGACUGUCUCCUCUAAUUAGAACAGAAGUUGAAGUUAAACAAACACAAAGGAAUAUCAUAUCAAGAGAAGGGCGACUCUCUCGUACGCUAAGUAAGGCGCCUCUUCCAUUAGUCGGAGUUAAG